CUAAAAUUUGUAAACAAUUUAAACCAUUUAUAGUUCGCAUGUAAUUCGCGGAUCAAGAAUGGGUGAGGAAGCCUACGGAACUCCUUUAUCGGGGCGGAGGCCUCGGCUUGGCUUGUCAAGGCGGCUCUGCAACACCACGCCUUUGGUGCGGAUGCAACGGGAGGACGUCGGAGCCACAACACCUACAGAUCAGACUCAAGAGACUCCCCGCGCCCUGCCGCUGAUCACAAACUGUCGCAAACGCAUCGGAUUGUCCCGCAUCCGUACAGAGCUGACCAAGAAGCGGCUGGAGUUCACAACCGCCAGCGUACUUAAGGAGAAUGAGCUCAUUCCAAAAGCCAACGAAAAUACACCAUACAUUAACCCAGAAAAGAAGGAACAAGACAAGAAGACGAAAGAAGAUGAAAUUAAGGAAGAGGAAAACAAAGAGGAUACGGUUGACGAAGAAGAGCCACAAGACAGCAGAAUCCCCGAACUGCAGGCAGACAUCGUGGCCUGGCGGCGGGGAUUCAGAGUCACUGUGGACGCCCUGCAGGACAUGAUCACUCCCCGCCCGACAAAGAAAGAUAUGUUGAUACACCUACGCAUUCCCCUCGAGAUGCUCAGGUACCUGGAGGAGGACUGACAUUAAGACAAUGAUGCUUCACGGUGGCAAAAUGUAUUACUCCGCAUUAAAAACAAAUUGUGAACAAA